AUGCACUGAUAGACUGUCUCUUCUAGCUGCAUUCUUGCUGGCAGACUGGGAAAAGCAUUUCAGCAUCAACAGCCUCCUCCCCCAACACCUUUUGCUUAUGUUAUGGCUACUGAUGUUAGCUGCAUUGAUAGACUGUCAUUUCUAGCUGCCUGCUUGCUAGCAUGCUGGGAGAAAUAGUGCAGCUCCACCCCCAUAUACACACCCUUGCUUAUGGUAUGGUUGCUUAUGUUAGGUGCAAUGAUAGUCUGUCUCUUCUAGCUGCAUUCUUGUAUGGUUGCUUAUGUUAUCUGCACUGACAGACUGUCACGUCUAGCUGCCUUCUUGCUAGCAGACUGGGAGAAGCAUUUUAGAAUCUGCAUUCUCCUCUCCCCAACACCCUUGCCUAUGUUAUUUUAUUGUUACUGAUGUUAGCUGCAUUGAUAAACUGUCACUUCUAGCUGCCUGCUUGCUAGCAUGCAGGGGGAAAUAGUGCAGCUCCACCCCCCAUAUACACACCCUGGCUUAUGGUAUUGUUUCUUAUGUUCGCUGCCUUCUUGCUAACAGGCUUGGAGAGGUAGUUCAGCUCCAGCCCACCCACACACACACACUUGCCCCACUUCAGGCACACACAGUUGCAGAACGUUCAUGGGCCUGUUACCACUGUGUUUUAUACAAAAACAAUCUGGAUUGAAACUUAAUAUUUAUUUUUAAUUUUAAUGUAUCACUUUUGCCUAGUGCUUCGGCAACAGAUUGAGGAGCUUCAAGAGUCCAGAGAGGUGGAAGACUUCUGUAGAGGAGACAUUACAGAGAUAGGGAUGAUGGAAGAACAACAACAAAGCAAUGCUCAAGAAACAAUCAUUGAUACUCUCAUAGAGGAAGAAUUUGCUACUGGGUCAUUACCACGUCAAGUUGCUCCAGAAAGUGUCUCUGCAACAAACACUGGAGGCCGAAGGAGAAGUUCAGGACCAUUUGCUAGAAGAAGGCGAAUUCCUAGCAGGGCAUCUAUUCAAACUCGCCAACACAUGACGCAAUUUAUAAAUUUGGCCAAGACUUGCAUGUCUGUAGAGAAGAAAAGAUGGAAGCAUCUGUCAAGGCAUUUUACUCAAAUGCAUAAUCUGCAGGAGUUAUCCAUGGAAAGAUAUAAUAUAUUAAUAGAUGCUUGUAAAGAAACAAACACUAUUUUGAAACACUUUGCAGAUAGUAUUCAGGGAAGACCAACAAGCAGCACUUGUGCAUCAGGGUAAACUGAAGAGCCAGCAAGGGCACAAGCACAAAACAAUGAGUGUUCUGUCAGGGCUAAACUACAUAGGAGACUUUAAUCAGAUUUUGUGGCUCAGAUUUUAUCUGAUCUUGUCCUGCACCACCACAAGACAUUGUAGGAUCUACAUAAUUUGUUCCCUAUAGCUGUAAUGUUAAAUUGAUAAAGUCGAGUGGUGUGUUUUGUUCAUCUACAUCCAACAUUGAAUGUAUUUCAAUGGCAUCAACAAAUUUUAUCUCGUCAGAUGAAUACGCAGAAUACAACACCUGCAUUCGACAGUUCUGUUUCAUGUAGUUUACACUUCUGAUUUUUGUAUCAGUCCCAUUAUAUAUUGACCCAUGUGACUACAUCUGAUUUGUAGGAUGCAAUCCGGAGAUCCCACACCAUCCUACAAAAUUUCAAGUGUAGUUUAGCCCCUAGUCGUGACCAGCAGGGGUCUAAGGACAAAGGCUGAAAGAAGUAUUAGGCCCCCAUGCUUUCAUAGCUUUAAAUGUCUUUGCUAUUUCUGCCAAUUAAGAUUUGGAUUUGUUUUCUGUGUUUUGCAUUUGUUGUUUUCCAAAUAAAGUGGUUUGUUCAAAAA